AUGGAUCUCCUAACACUAACGGGGAUCUGGCAGAAAGAUGGGCUUGGAACAAAAGUAAUAUUGUCUAACGGCAAGCUUCAUACACUUAAAUACCCGAAGCAGAUUUUUAGUUUAGUGGCUGCCGAAGAUGAUAGGCUUCCUUUCACUGACCUAAGUAAUUUUCCCAGUGAAUAUGGUGAGAUUUGUGAGCCUCCUGUUCUUCAGGAUGCACAUGUAUUGAUUGAACACUGGAGAUCGUACCGUGGAAAAUGGUUUCAGACCAAAUCAGAUGAUAACCGAAAGAAUCUCUCAGAGAUACUUGCACUCUGCGGCUGCUAUUUCCCUGAGAGGAUGAUAAAUAAUGACAAAAUGAACAUUCUUCUGCAGAGAUGGGAUUCUUCAUCAUUUGCAGAACCAGGAGCAGUUGAACAAUCUAUGGCCUACUUUCUGAAGAAUGAGAAGAAGCCCCAAGUCCAAGAAGCACUAAACCCACCCGAGCCUGCACCUCCAGAAUAUAGGAUAGUGGAAACUGGUCCAGUGUCGAUCAUUCACCUGUUGAUUGAUUCAUGUCAUCGUGGACAGAAUGUGUAUCACCUGGUUGACUGUGAAGGGCACGGCCUGGAGUUCAGUUUCAUCAUGAAUCCAUCACUCAUCAUCAAAGGAUCCAUCCAGAUCACCAUGGGCCAUUGGGUACUGGCCACAGGAGGUUAUUGGAAUGAGAGGGUAAAAAGGAUGACAAAGACUUCAGUGACGCAACCUGAUGAUCCUGGGGCUCAGGAAACAUCAUAUCCUAUGUUACCCAUUGUGACAUUUCAACCAGGUUGGAGGACGGCGGGGGCGCCGCAGACAGCAGGUGUCCGAGUAGCAGGGGCAGCGACGGCGGCGGCGGCAUCACUUCGUGGGCGCGCCCGGGCCAGGACCGCGCCGAGCCGCGAGCCGCCGUGCCCACCGCGGGCAGCAUGUGCGAGCUGGCGGGGCCGCCCGAGAGCUUGGCGGAGGAGGACCGGCGCCAUGUGGCGGGGCGGCGGUGGGCGCUCGGAGCGAGUGGUGAUCAACAUCGCCGGCCUGAGGUACGAGACGCAGCUGGGCACCCUGAGCCAGUUCCCGGAUAGCCUGCUGGGCGACCCCGACAAGCGGAUGCGCUACUUCGACCCCCUCAGGAACGAGUACUUCUUCGAUCGCAACCGGCCCUGCUUCGAUGGCAUCCUCUACUUCUACCAGUCGGGCGGCAGGAUCCGCCGGCCCGUUAACGUCUCCAUCGACAUGUUCGCCGAAGAGAUCCGCUUCUACAAACUGGGACCCGAGGCCAUGGAGAGGUUUCGGGAGGACGAGGGCUUCAUCAAGGAGAAGGAGAAGCCCCUGCCCGAGCCCGAGUUCCAGAAGCAACUUUGGCUCCUCUUCGAGUACCCCGAGAGCUCGAGCCCGGCCCGCGGCAUUGCCAUCGUCUCAGUGCUGGUCAUCGUGGUCUCCAUCAUCAUCUUCUGCUUGGAGACCCUGCCCGAGUUCCGCGACGACCGGGAUAGCAGCUACAACCGGUCAGCCAACGGCACCCGGGGAACGGGCGACUACAGCCUGAGCGACCCCUUUUUCAUCGUGGAGACCACCUGUGUGGUCUGGUUCACCCUGGAGCUGCUGGUGCGCUUUUUCGCCUGCCCGAGCAAGGCCGUCUUCGCCAGGGACAUCAUGAACAUCAUUGAUGUUGUGUCCAUCAUCCCCUACUUCAUCACGCUGGGCACUGAGCUAGCGGAGACGCAGUCCAAUGUCUCCAAUGGGCAACAGGCCAUGUCCUUGGCCAUCCUCAGGGUCAUUCGAUUGGUCCGGGUCUUUCGCAUCUUCAAGUUGUCCAGGCACUCCAAGGGGCUUCAGAUUUUGGGGCAGACCCUCAAGGCCAGCAUGAGGGAGCUGGGUCUGCUCAUCUUCUUCCUCUUCAUCGGGGUCAUCCUCUUCUCCAGCGCCGUCUAUUUUGCCGAAGCUGACGAGCCCAGAUCCCACUUCUCCAGCAUCCCAGAUGCCUUUUGGUGGGCGGUGGUCACGAUGACCACCGUGGGCUAUGGCGACAUGAAGCCCGUCACCAUGGCGGGGAAGAUUGUGGGAUCCCUGUGCGCCAUCGCCGGCGUGCUGACCAUCGCGCUGCCCGUGCCCGUCAUUGUGUCCAACUUCAACUACUUCUACCACCGGGAGACUGACAACGAAGAGCAAGCUCAGUAUUUGCACAACGACAUCGAUACAGAGAGCAGCGUCUCCGAAGAUCUGAAAAAGAGCAGGAACUCUGUUGGAAACCAUUUAGAGAACAGUGAUGGCGUGAACUAUGGCCCAGGGACGCAUUGCAAAGCUAACAGCACCUCGGACAUCAGGAAGCCCCUGUACGCACUUUGUAUUGAUCCAAAUACUGAAACGGACUUGUAGUCAACAGCUGGGUGCUUGAACUAUACAAAUUAGGUUUAUCUAUAGGAGGAAUAAUUUUGAAGUAAAGACAACAUUUGUACAGAUUACAAAAGUUAGAAUAAUUUGAUGGAAAGAUAAACUAAUUUUAUACACCAUACCUUAGCUUACAAAAAUAAAUACAAAUAAAAUUGGGUAUAUGAAUGGGCGCUGCAACUUAAACUUGAAGGGAAAGGGGCACAUCAAUAUUUGCAUUAAUUUAACAGUUCCGUUUUUCAUUUGUUGUGCCUUUAAUAAGUGAUAGAAAACAAACUUCUUCA